UUUUUUAAAUUCCUCGUGAAUGAAGGACCGUGGCUAGCACGUGUCGUGCAAGGUGCAACACAUCAAAACGGAAAUUACGGUGAUUAGAUGCUGCAGCACUGUUUGUGCAGUGAACAGUGGCGCAGUGAAGGAACGGCGAUAAAGAUUGCUCGCAGCGUAAAACAAAGCAAUAAGAAAUAGUUGAAGCUCGUGCAAAAAAGCGAACCACCGUGAGUGUGUGCAGAUUGGAAUGGAUUUGGUGCCCUCGGGAGCUGUGUGCUCAAAACCCGGCAAAAGAGUGUGUAUGUGUGUGCGUGAGUGCUGGUGUGAUGUUUAACGAUUAACCGCAUAAGUGUCGUACGCAGGUGUGUCGUAUCGGUUUGCUCUCGGGCGUCAUCGGGUGUGCAUUGUUCGGCUAGGUUCGGCUUUCUUAUCGAAGGAAGGAUGAUGCUGAUGUCAUACAACGGUGUACGGCGUGCGCUGUAAUUAUAAUAAUCCAAUCUUUUGGAGUUCGCCCGUGCCGCCUAGUGUGUGUGCGUGUGUGUGUCUGUGCGUGCGGUAACAUUUUGAGCCGGGUUUGCAGCUAAACGCGUAAAAACAAAUUUAUCGAUCAUAAUCGACGGAAGCAAUCGGAACAAUGGAGAACGAAUCCUGUUACGGUGGCGGUGACAUUGCCGGCGCCAUCUUCGGUACGCUGGUCGCGGUGGUCCUGGUGGCCGUGCUGCUCUGGUGGCUGUACAAGAAGAACUACAUCCUCAAGCGAAAAGAUCCUCAACUAGUGACGGAUGAUCCGGAGGCGACAGCAAAGGGCGCUGAAUAUGCGUUCGACAAUCCCGCCUUCAAGACGGACGGCGGGGUGGCCGCCAACAGUGCAGCAACGACGAACGGUAUCGGCGCACCGAACAAGACCGGUUCGCCGCUGGAUCCGAGCUGGACCUCCAAGCAAAAUACGAUCGAAAAGCGCAAAACCGUCGACGACAGCUACGUGAAUGUGACAACACCGCGGCUCGUUUCCCUGCGCGGUUCCGACUUUACCGGGCUCGGUGUGGAGGUGUACGGUGGGCUGAAGGAAGGAAUCUUCGUGAAGAAAGUUAUGCCCCAGGGUCCGGCCGCUGGCAUCGUAAGCACAGGUGACAGAAUAACGAGCAUCACGAUAGACUUUCGGCACAUCGUGCAGGAGGACGCCAUGACCAUCCUUAGCUACGCAUCGCCCUACAACGUACAGCUCGAGCUGGUCAGCGGCACGAAGCCGGUGUUACCGCAAACCCAGAGCCCCAAGCCGGGCCACCAGAGCCUCACGCACCCGCUGUACCGUUCGAGCAGUCAGUCGGAUCUGAACACGAUCGAACGUAACUCACGCAAGAAACUGUUCCCGGGCGAAGAUGCUUCCCCGCUGAAGAUGGACAAUCGGCCAGCAAGCCCCGGCAAAGCGCCGCUCCCGACCGUGCACAAAGAAAACGAACGAGAACCGAAAAAGCAUUCCUUCAAGCAGCAGAUGCGUGAGAUGAUUGAGGAAAAGUUCCAAACAAAGCACGCACCCGCCGAUGUGGAGCGCAAGGGAUCGGGCGCGGCCGAUGAAGGCGCACCGGGCGGAGGCAAGAAAUCGGGCCACAAGUUCGGUAUCCGUGUGUUUCCGCCAUCGGUAAACGAUAAGCUGUUCGGUAGCAAAAGCCCAACGAAGGUGCAGGCGGACAAUGAGAACAACAGCAACAUCGAGAAGAAAGAGUCGGACGACAAGCGGGUGGUGGAGGAGAAGGAUGUGGUGCAGCAACCUGCGCAACCGUCCCCGCCGGUGGUGAAGAAGCGUACCAAAGCCGACCACAAGCUGGUGCCGGAUGUGGUGCUGCAGCCACCGACGGCGGAGGUGGUGGUGGAUGGUUUUCAGCGCCAGAACAGCCUAACGUCGAGCGGCAUCCGUCGGGAUGCGGCCGGUAUUCCGCAGGAGAUGCCAAGCUUCAUGAUGCAGGCGGCUAAUGCUGCGCGGGACAAUCGGAAGUCGAUGGAGGACGGAAAGCGCAAGGGUAAAGCACCGCUCCGCCCGCCACAGAAUGAGUCCGAGCUGGACGAAAGCACGGUUACGGUGGAUACGAAUCUGAGCAGCAUCGAUGGUAGCCGGACGAUGCUGAACGGGAGCAUGGAUGUGCCGGACACGCGAACCGAAAAAGUGCCGCGGAUGAAUUUUUCGGACAACUUUGCCGAGGAGGUGCUGAACUGCACGAUCGACAGCAUUAACGGUAUCGAGCAGUUCAAUGAGACGGGGCCGAGCAAUAGCUCGACGCCGAAGAGUGACCGCAAGAAGACGUCCUCGCUGACGGAGAGCGAGCUGAUGAUGCGAUCGGGCAGUCCGCAGGCCGCUGGUGAUAAUGAAUCCGAUGUCGAGCAGGAGCAGCGCAACCAUCGGCAGCAGCAACCUCCAACGCCACCACGCCGUGAAGGCAACAAGAUUGAGCUGAACGCGGACGACAUUACCGUGCACCGUAGCUCACCGAGUCCGGCGCCCGAUUCCAGCAGCAGCAGCACUGGCAGCGAGCAAGACAAUGGCGAGCAGGAGGAAACCAAUCGUCGCACCGCUAGCUUGGGCGACCUUUCGAAGCUCGAACCGACCGGGAAGAUGAACCAAACCACCGCCAACAGCUCGAACACACUGGAGCGAGCUCAAAGCCUCGAGAUAACGGGCGACGCUUCGGUGGUGACGGUCGUGAAUGGUUCGGCGGUUGGCGGGGAAAUGCCCGGGAACGCAACGGACGGUGGAAGAAAGCGUAAAAACUCGUCCGAAAUCAUUCUCGACGGAGCGGCGAAGGAAUCGACCGACGGUAUGAGCUCGCUGCAGCGUCACCGGCUGAAGGGUGCCUCCGCUUGGGGCAACCUCGAGGAUGCAAUCAACUCCGGCGAGCUACUGUCGAACGGCGGUGACGGAGGACCACCCGGGGCAGAGAACCGCGAGCACCACGCAUCACAGGUGACGGUUAAGCAGAACGGGUACACCGAGCUGAGCACGAGCAAAGCGAUUAUCGUAGCGGAAGCGCCGAAAAACGGCCGCCCAGAAGCGAACGACACGAGCGAGCGCGAGGAGCACAUCUCGCUCACGACGAUCAGCAUGAACUUUGCCGGUGCACCGGUGGAAGCGGAACCGGACACAAACAUACCGGACGACGUGAAGGUUUCGCGCUACCCGUUCGGCAGCCUCGAGCGGCCCAAGUCGGACGUGCUGAGGAAGCUGCUGGGCCAGAAGGAGGAGCUGGAGAACACGCCGUCCGUGUUUAUUUCGGCCGACGGGGGCGAAAGUGCCGUGGUCAGCACGAUCAAAAUCGAAACGAGCCGGACCACGGAACCGCGACGGUCCGAGAUGGGAAUGGGCGGCGGUGAACCGAUCAGCCUGACGUUGAUCAACCCGCCGGAGAGCGACCGUACGGAGAGUGGACAACCGUCGCCUGUGUUUACGAGCGGCAGCAAUGGCGUCAGCAGUAUCAACAUCUCCUCGACGGAUUAUGGCACGGUGCCGGGCUCGAUUACGCUUAACGGUGGCACGGGCAUGACCAAGUUCUCCCUCACGGCGGACAACAUUGUGACCAUCUCGACCGCACUGGACGGUGUGGCGACGAUUGGCACGGAAUCGCAACCCUCCUCGAUCGUGAUGAUCGACGACGAAAAGCUCGACUUUAGUCUGCAAACGCUGGACGACUUUGAUGCGGAUCCGCUGGAUGCCCCACCACCACCGAUCGAUUUCACCCCGGACGGUGGUGUGUCGGAUAAUGUCCUGGAACCGGAACCGGCCCCGAAGCUAUCGAACGGAGGUGUUGUGCUAGCAGCGGAACCACCACAGCCACCACAGCGUAGCUCGAUCGCGCUCGGACGGCGUGACAGCGGCAACGGGCCCGCCUCCCUGACCCCCCUGAACGGUGGCUUUGUGACGGAAAUUACGCUAAAAGCGCCGGAACCACCGACAGCUGCCGAACGAUUACCAGCACCACCGCUGCAGAAUGGCACGUCAAGCCUUCCGGUCGUCAUCGCCAGCAAACCGCCGAUCGUGUCGAAGAAACCACCGAAACCGGAAGCGAAACCGAUCAGCAGCCCCCCGUCCCGGAUACCGGUCGAGCGGCGUAUGUCCAACGAGCAUGGAGGUGCCACCGGCGGUUCGCUCAUACCGCGCAACACCGAAAUCAAGUUCAGCACGGCACCGUACGAAUCGUCCAGCGCCACCACCGGAAGCAGCAAAACACCCACCCGCGGGGUCGAUCAGAUCCGGUCCACCUUCGAGCGGUCCAACUCGAAGACGGAAAUCCCGGUCCUGAUCCGCCGCACCUCGAUCCCAUCGAUCAAUCUGUCCCCGUCCGCGUCGGCUACCGGUGGUUCGAUGAGCAAUCUCAGCAGCAGCAGCAGCACCACCAAAGCCAGCCCGUCCCGCAUUCCGGUGUUUAACAGCAGCUCGUCGAAUGGUGGCAGCUCCUCCAAGCUGAACGGUGGCUCACCGCCACCGACCCAAAACGGUGGCCACCCGAACGGGCUCUACCGAAGCAACAGCAACAGUACGAUCAUGAACCACAACAACCACAACCACAACAACAACAACCAUCUGGUCAACAGCAAGAUGUCGGUUAGCAUAACCUCCAUCAAGAACCAGUCCAAGCAUCCGAGUGGCAAGUUCUAGUAGUGGUAGUGGUAGUAGUAGUAGUAGUAGUAUCCGUCCAGUUUAUGCGCGUACGAGUGAAUGUGGCCGUGUGUUAGAAUCUAUUUGUUAUGUAUCUAUUAUAUAUUAGACGCGCCGUAUGCAUGAAUGGAUGGAUGGAUGGAUGGAUGUGUGUGUGCGUAUGUGGGAAAAACCAACGAAAUACCAUUACCGCAUAAUAAUUGGAUGCAAAUUUUCUUCUAAAAACGGCGGGGAAAAGCGCUCAGGUUCGUUUCCCUCCCGCUCGUUCAAAGGCAGAGUGAGAAGAGCGCAACACACGCGCGACCUCGCGUGUGUUUGUGACCCUUGUUUUCCGUUCCGGCCAUAUUACAUUACUUACCUUUCGCUUGUUUGUAUCGGAGCGCGACCGUACGCGUGUCGCUAGGAUAAGGGUGUGUAGUUUUAACCGUGUGUUGAGAGCAAGAAGCGUGUGCGCUCGCUGUCCGUCUCGAGCAAUCGACGGAAACGCAACACGAAACAAGGAAAAGUUGCUGUAAAGGAAGGAAUUAUUAUGUUAUCAUUUAGUCGUAGCAGCAGCACACAGUAAUGUAGGUUAGGAUUCUUUUGCUUUGUGAAUGAAAUGUACUUACUUGGCUACCAACCAUACCAUACCAGCAGACAGAUUAGAGCACUCACUCUCUCUCUCCAUACAUCCAGCUAGGCUCGACGCGAACCCCUCGAAUUGGCCCCCUGAACAAGGGCGGGCUUUUACCAAUAAUAUACCAAUAUAUAUAUGUAUGUAUGUAUGUGUGCGGCAGCAACCAAUUUUGUCCAUAUUCUCUUUCCGUUCGUACGUUCGGCUAAGUGCAAGUUAUAAUAUGUCAGCGCGUUAUAAUAAAUUAAACUCAUAAUAACAAAACAAGCGAUCGAGGGUUGCCGAGUCUGCGUUGUUUUGAGAAACGCCAAUACACAAAAUAAUCCACCAUUAGCAACCGAUCCCAAGUGAACAUCUGACGACGCAGGUUCACCAACUGGUGGAUGCUUGCGUGCGGUUUGUUCCCGUCAGCAAACACACUGCUACACCACCAGGAAGCGGUUUCUCAAGCCCCGGAUAUACCACCGGAUACCGGAUACAACGAGUCGGCUGAGGACAGUUAUCAAAACUGUUCAACGGUAUCAGCCCUAAACCAACACAGCAUCGUCAUUCGGACGAUCACCGUUAUCUACGUCCUUUCUCUAAAUCCUUCCUUUCAUCACCCGAUCCCUUUUGAACACGAAACUUAUAUUUAAAUCGGAAUAAAGCAAAAGGACGGCACUCUCAGCCUAACCGAA